UGGAGAGACAAAGACAAUGAUACAAGGUUCAUGGAAGUAAUGAAGGUGUAUUCUUGGAGAAUGUGGUGCGAAGGAAUUCAAAGAAGUCUCAGUUAAUGUGAAAAUAAAAUAUCUGUCUACCCAAAGCUUAGAAAGAGAGCAAAUGCUGACAAAGGUGUAGCAUCAGCAAAACGAAGGAGAAUCUAUGAACUCUGACUUGAAAAACUGUCCGUACUCAGUGGGUUUUGUUGAGGCGAAAAAAAAGUUAUUGUCAAAGCUAUCUUCCUGGCCAUCAAAGUCCAAGCUGCAGGAAAAUUAGUUUUCAUGCCUGACAAGCAAUACGUGGAAUGAGCCUCAGAUUUCCAGGAAUUAAGUCAUGUCAAACAACAUAGCCUUAAGAGGUUUCACAACAUUUCUCCUACAGUAGGCAUGGCACUGUGUACUUUUUUUUUAUUUUGUCCUGUGGAGUGACUUGGCUCCUCCUUCUUCUCUCCUGUCUCAAUCGCUCACCCACUGUCUUUGCAUAUCCAUCUUUCUUUCACACUCCUCUCACUUCUCCCUCAACUGUAUUCGUUUUCUCACUUAAUUCCAUCUCAGUGUUCAAUCUUUGCAUCCUCCUCUCAGUUGUUGCUUCUUUCAACUCUUUCUCUCCCUCCCUCUCCCUCUCUCUCUCUCUCCCUCUGUCUCUCCCUCUCUGGCAAAUUUAUUCAUAUUUCACACAUUUUCUGCUUCUUUUUUUGCUAAAAGAUGUCCUCCAUACAUUUUUUGGUUUUGCUUGUUUUGAUUCUCCAGAUGUCUUUCUUGGUGGAAGAGUGAAAGUCUGAAAGACCAUCUUCCUCUCCCCCUUCGGCCAACAUGUCCCAGCUGCUCCAUGUGGAGAUCCCGAAUUUUGGAGCCACGGUCCUGGGCUCCCUCAAUGAGCAGCGACUGCUGGGACAUCACUGUGACGUAUCCAUACUGGUAAAAGGUCAAGCUUUUAAAGCCCACCGGGCGGUUUUGGCAGCCAGCAGCCUCUACUUUCGUGACCUCUUCAGCAGCUCAACCAAGACCCAGUUUGAACUGCCUUCCUCAGUCACACCUGCUUGCUUUGAGCAGAUCCUCACAUUCUGCUACACAGGGAAGCUAACAAUGGCAGCGAGUGAACAGCUGGUUGUCAUGUACACAGCUGGCUACCUCCAGAUUCAACACAUAGUUGAAAGAGGCAUGGACCUAAUGUUCAAGGCAAAUUCACCUCACUGUGACUCACAAACGGCAGGUUCCUUAGAAGAAACAGGAUCGGAGCCGCAGAGUCCUCUUAAUAACAGUAUCAGCCUAUCGGUGGCCAGCAUUUUGGGAACCCCAAGCUGGUCCACAUCAUCCCUAAUCUUGCCACACCGUAAGAUUAAAUUAGAAGUGGGUGACCCAACACCAAUUUCCACACCCUCAACGCAAACAAAGAUUUCAACCUCAGAGCUGGGGAGUCGGCUGGUGAGAGCUAUCUGCACUGCAGCCGGAGGGCCUCCUAUUCCUGGUAUGUCUGCUUUCCACUUUCAAGGAACCACUGGAGGUGGAGCAGGGGGUGGGGCGGGUGGAGGAACAGGUGCGGAAAGAUCCAGCCCAGGAGAGUCGAGCCUUCCCACAACAGACAGCCCCACAUCCUACCAGAAUGAUGAUGAGGAGUUUGAGGAAGAGCCAUAUGACGGGAUAUCAGAGGAGACCUAUAAUCAUAUCUAUGGACGUUCAGCUAACCCCUAUGGGAUCCAGGACAAGUCAGAGAUGGCAGCAAUGCCAUUGGCCUUGGAGAAUCGCAACUGUGUGCUCAUCCGCAGGGACCUGGUGGCAUUGCCAGCAAGCCUCAUAAGCCAGAUAGGCUACCGCUGCCACCCUAAGCUCUACACUGAGGGAGACCCUGGCGAGAAGCUGGAAUUGGUCGCUGGAACCCAGGUGUUCAUGACACGAGGCCAACUUAUGAACUGCCAUCUGUGCGCGGGUAUCAAACACAAAGUGUUGCUUCGCCGCCUCUUAGCCACAUUCUUUGAUAGAAACACUCUAGCAAAUAGCUGUGGGACAGGCAUCCGCUCUUCUACAAGUGACCCAAGCAGAAAGCCCCUGGACAGCAGGGUCCUCAAUGCUGUGAAACUCUACUGUCAAAACUUUAAUCCUAACUUCAAAGAGAGUGAAAUGAAUGUGAUUGCCGCUGACAUGUGCACAAAUGCAAGGCGGGUCCGCAAGAGAUGGCUCCCUAAGAUCAAGUCCAUGCUGCCUGACGGCAUGGAAGUGUAUCGCGCUGGCAUGGGCAUGAGUGCUGCUGCUGCUGUUGGUCUGAACCUCGCCCUGGGUGUUCCUCAGUCAGGAGUUCCACUCUCCUUUGAGCACGAUUUGAAGAGCCUAAAGCAAAGGUUGUAUCCGGAUCCCAAGGACCCUCUCAGGACUCAUGUAGGCAGCCCCGGUUCAGUGUUGGCUGGAGCAGAAGCUGAUGGUGAAGGUGAAGCAACAGUCCAGGAGGAUCAGGAAGAGGAUGACGAUGAAGCUGGUUCGGAGGGUGUGGACCGAUCACUGGGGGCACCAGUUUUGGUGUCGGUGGUCGGUUCAGGAGAUACGGCACCUGAUCAGGAGGCAGAAAGUUUUGGACAAAAUGUGAGGUUGAACGGACAGUGAAUGUCCCUCUCAUUGAUGUGAAAUGUGUUUAACACUCACAUUUUUUUCCCCUCCCUGUCUCAUCCAUCACCCUUUCUGCUCCUCUGUGCUUCCUUAACAGGGAAAGUUUUUUUCCACACACAAAGCUGCACUCGCAACUUUUAUCAAACGUUGGUAGCACAUGCAUGCGCUCAUGUGUGGUUGUGUAUUUGCAUACUUACAUGUAGUGAAAUUAAAACAAAAGUAGUAAAAGUAUACACAGGCAUGGCAUUAGUCAGUUCAGAGCAUGAACCUUCUUGGAUCCAAGUAUGUAUUUGGUUGUUGGGCUUCUGCAGCAUUAUUGCAAAGGUCAAACAGCAAAACAGUUGGCUGUGAGGCUUCAUCAUAUCACUGUGAAACCACCAAAAGCUGGUUUGCAGAAGUUUAUUAGUUGCAGUGUAAUCUUAUUUCAUAAAAUAACUUGGAAAACUGUACAUGAGAAGCAUAGCUCUCCAGCAAGACCUCUUUAAAUCACAUUAUUGUUCAGGAAUAUGCGUGAACAUUACCAGUAUUAUAAUUAAAGGUUAUGUACUGUGAAAGCACCAUUUAGAAAAAAAGAAACCCUUUCCCUUCUUUAACUUGGAAUGCUUUGCCAGAGUAUCUUACCCGCUGAACCUGUCCACAUUUUGUGACAUUAGAGCUAUGAACUUCAGUGUAUUUUAUCUUGAUGUUAUGUGACAAACCAACACAAAACAGUGCAGAAAUGUGAAACAGAAAGAAAAUAAUUGAUGGUUUUCAAAAUGUUUUACAAAAUCAAAUAUGUAUUCCUCCCUCUCCCAUUACACAAUACUUCUUAAGACCACCUUGCACUGCAAUUUCAGUUGCAAGUCUUUUGGGGUAUGUUUUUACUGGCUUUGCACAUCAAAAAGUUAAAUUAUUUGCCGCUUUUUUUUUUUUUUUUUGCGCAAAAUAUCUCGUAGUCAGUCAGAUUGGAUGGAGAGCAUUUUAAAGUGUUUGGUAAACUUUCUCUUGUGAAUUUUGGCCUGGACCUUGGCCAGGCAAUGCUAACAAAUAACCACUGCAACACAUAAAUAUACUUAGAAUCAGUCAUUCCAUUGUAGCUCUGACUUCUUAACACUCUUUUAUAAAGGCCAGAUUUUUGAGUCCAGAACCAAUAACCUCCCAGUCAACAUUACUUGAUCUGUGGAUGUCUGUAGCUCCUUCAUGGUUACCAUGGGCCAUUUGGCGGCUUCUCUUAUUAAUGCUCUCCUUGCCCACCCAGAUAUUUUAGGUAGAUGGCCAUGUCUUGGUGGGUCUACAAUUGUGCUAUAUUGUUUUUAAUAGACGAUGGAUUAACCAAUGCUCCUUGAUAUGUCCAAAGCUCAAGAUAUUAGUUCAUAAUAUAAUCCUGGUCUAAAAAUGUCACUGACUUGUCUGCCGUGUUCCUUGGUCUAUGUCAAGCUGUUUGUUCACUAAUGUUCUCCAACAAACCCCUGAAGUCUUCACAAAACAGCUGCAUAUCUCCAAUAUGACAUCACACAUAGGUGGGCUCUGUUAACUAAUUACGCACUUCAGAAUGCAAUUAGUUGCAUUGAAUUUUAUUCAAGGGUGUCAGAGUAAAAGGUGUGAAUCUAAAUGCACACCACAAAUUUUUAAUAUUGUAUUUGAAAAAAAAUUUUUAAAACCAUGCAUCUUUUUCUUUUCACCUCUGUCAUACAUAAUUCUGUGCUGAUCGAUCACAUAAACUCCCAAUAAAAUACACUGAAGUUUACAGUUAUACCAGGUUAAAACAUGGAAAAGAUCCAGACGUAUAAAUUAUUUUACAAGACACUGUACCGUGUCAUCUUUAUGAUGAAAAUUACAAAAGGUUUUCUGCAAAUACUGGUUUUCUCCAUAGUCCUAAGAACAAAUCCAAAAGAACAACAAAUCUAUCACAUGUAUUUGUUUAUUUCUCAUGCAUAUCUGACUGUGACAUAUCAGAUUAGACUGUCAAUGUUAUGCCUGUGUCUGCUCCAGACCACACCUCCAAACCCACACAGUGGUACAUGCAAAUAAAAGGACAUGCAUUUACCAUUGCAUUUCUGUAAUCCUAACCUUUAAUGUCUGUACUGAUGUAAUCAAAUUGCACACUGCAGUGUUUUUUUAACUCCAAAAAUCACAGAUUUCCUGGAGAUACAGAAACAUGAAUAAUAACAUGAGAUAAUGUCAAGGCUUGCAUGCAUUAAUCCAAACAAUGGAUGGAAAGAAUUGCUGAAGAGAACAGCAAAGCCACAUCUCUGCAUUGAAAUACGAUAACAGCUUCUACUGUCUUGAGCUAUGCCGUUAAAAAACCAGAAGCACUUUCUCAGUUUCUUUCUGGAGAAAGGCCGCCAAAAGGAACAAAUGAUUGCGAUGUAACCCUGCUUUACCCGAAUCUGGCACAGAAUUAGUUUGAAUUUAUUGUUGUUGCUUUUUAUUUGUAUUAAUUCUACAAAGUGUAUUGUCCACCUAAACAGAGGAGAGUGAAUAUAUGGAGUGCACUACACUGAAAAAAACAAUGCCAGAGAGUACUGUUCCACCUUAAUGUGGUGGUGUGAUAUGUACUGAGACUAUGCUGUCCUGUUCCCAUCCUGUUCUUUUUUUGUUGUUGUUGUCGAUUUCCCCUCUCUUAUGGGGAAAUGAGUUGGUAAGUAAAUUAUUUAAAGAAAACUUUUAAGAGCAAGUUGCGCUGGUUUACUACAUUUGCACUCAGAGUUAAAAGGUGGGGAAGCUGAGGAGUCUGGAAAAGCGGAACCUGCAAAAGACUGCAAAUUGCCACCACAUUACCCUGAUGACAUACCCAAUCAGACAUUCUGUGGGCUGGGAUAGAAACAAUGGGUCUCUAUUGACGGUGACUGGUUCUGUAUUUUAUUGGUGGGGAAUGAGGCCAUGCAUUCGUCAUGCCUGUUUUCUCUUUUUGAUGUCUGUUUUCACACUUGUUGCCAUUGCCAUGCCUAGGACCCAGUCCAAAGAGCCUUUCUUUUUUCUUUCAUCCAUUAAUUUAAAACAACACAUUGUUGAAUGUUGCCCCUUGUUCUUUGCUUCCUGUGGGUCUCAGUCAGCAGUCAAAACACAUUUAAUCAAAAAAGUAGACCAUAAAUUUUCAUUUUUGUCAAUAAUAUUCUGAAAAUGUGGUGAUGGCACAACUGUGGUUAAGGAGAUGCCCCCAGUAUAUUUGACAUGUUAUGUGUCGUUCCAGUGAUGUAACACUUCAGAGGUUGGGCCAAUUUCUUUUUCUGUCUUCUACAAGUAUGUCUUUGUUCUUUAGGGUAAGGUUUUAGAUGGCCCCACAUGUAAAAAACAAGGUCAUGAUUGCACUAUAGUUUACAGUUUUUUAUUUUAUUUUUUUCCCCUUUGGGAAGAACUGUAAUCUGCCCCAGAGAAACCAGGGUUAUGAAUUGCCAAAAUGAUGGUUGAAUGUAAGUUGUAGCAUUGUUUUGGUGAGAGUCACAGUCUUUUUUUAUGGUAUAGUAAAUUAUUGAAUCUCUUUAUUAUGUGGCUCCAUUUUUUUACAUAAAUUGCAGAAAUUAAAAAAAAUAAACUUUAAAAUUAAUUUUACUGACAGAGAUGUUUUUACCUAAUUAUUUUAAAAUUGAUGCAAACAAGUCUUCCAGUGUGGUGAAGCACAGGCAGCAGCUCCCUAAUAAGUGUAAAACUGAGGUUUUUUUUCAGGUACUCCACAGGAUUUGAUCAUUUUAUGAAUUAAUUUAGAUGGAUCCAAAAAAUAAUGUGUUUAUUUAAUGGUGACAUGAUAAGAUUCACUAAAUUAUAUCAUUAGUUUUUGUCUAAUUUAUUUGAAAUAAAUAAAAAUAUAUGAAUUUCUUUGUUGGAUUCACAAUCUUAAUGGCCUCUGGUUUUGUCAACCAACUUAACUCUGUUAACAUUAUUAAGUAAAUAAUUAAAAAUAAAUAAGUAUACAUUAAAAAAGCUUGCAACUUUAAAAGCAAGCCAUCUUAAAUUUAAAACCUACCAUUAUCCCUUAGUAAACUGGUUGAACUGGUUUAAAAGAUACAGUGCAUUAAUUCUAUAUACUUAAAUCUCCACUUUCACUAUAUAUCUUUAAACAGAAUGUUUUAUUACCCAUUAAAUCUUACAGAGUUUUAAGUACAGUUCUAAUUAAAAGACUGCAGUAACUUUAAGGGCCCGGGAAUAUGUGAUAUACUCCAUUGCGGUGAUUAAGCAAGUGUGAAGCAGUGCCUUAGACUGUGAAUGUGGGUCUGUGUCAUAAUUAUUGUUCAGAAACAAACAAAACCAAGGAGGCUGUACAGAUUAGAUUUUUCUCUGACUGAAAUUUUAUUCUAAUCUUUAAAAUUAUGACUAACAGAUAUGUUGAUAUACCCUUAUUGACUUAUUUUCUUUUGUCAUUUUCGAAUGCAAAAACUGUACUCUGUUUACUAGAGUCACUGUGUUUAUUUAAGCUUUUAUUUAACAAUAAAACUCGUUCCUUAUUAGACACCCUUAAAUGCUGAGCAAGACAGGGCAACCUAACAAAAAAACUGUAAAUAAAGUCAAAUAUUAAUACUGGUUAAAUAUGUACAUCCGCUCUAAUGCGUCUUCCUCUGUAAACCUCACCUUCGAUCAGUUUGUUCACUUCAUAGCUUCUUGGGGUCUUUUCUUUUAAUCGUCUUGUGCAGGGUAACCAACUGAUGUUGCACUUUAAAAUGAGAAAUUCUCAGAGAAUGUCUUGGCUAAACUUGGAGAGAAUGAGCUCCGUCGGAGGUGCAUAAUAGAAAAAAAAUAAAAUAAAGUAAUGUUUAUGAUUUUUACUUAUUUCUUUGAUGGGAACCAGUGUCAUGUUUACUCCAAGCUCAAGUGAGACACAGGAUGGGGUUGUUGGCUAUGAAGAAACCAUCUUUUUAUUCCAUGUUUUUUCUCCUUUUUUUUUUGCUCUUAGCUUCUAACUGUAAAAAUAAUGGGCACUGUAAUUUUUUAUUUUUUUUGCUCCGCUGAAAGGUUAACCCUGAAAAAUUAUACACUGAUAUGCAAAAAUUACACUUGUAUAAUACAAUGCAUGCCAUUCAGAUGUUCACCCUAACCCAAUGAAACCUCUGAUCUUUAUCCACCCUGUAUUUUAUGCUGAAUAACUGUUUUUACUGUUUGCAAGCAGAGACUUGAGUCGUCUUGCAGUCAACAGGGCUGUAUUUUUUAAUCAUACACCCUGGCCUUUCAUUGAAUGUCUGCAUAAAAUGUAAUCUUUUGCAAUAUAAACAGCAAAAUAUUGAUUAAGAGUGGCAUACAUAGACUAAAUACCCAGUUGAGUAUGCAUUUAAAUCUUCAGAGACUAAGAAAAGAAAUGCACUGAAAAGUUUGUAUAUGAAUGCCUGUGUCCUCGAACAUGAUGCCAGCACUUUAGAACUACUUAGAAAGGAGAAAAAACAUCAAGGGUGACCAAGGCUACAGGCAACAGAGGAGGAGAUGCAACUUUUAAAGCCAUGUGUUCAGAGCGCUGACAAUCAGAAAAGGGAUGAGGCCCGCAGUGCACUAUGGGGGAUGUGAAAUGACUUGCUGUGCUUUUGCUAUUUGCUUUUGUCUUUCAGCUUGUUUCAGUCUGUACUGGCUUACUUUCAGAAUAAAGGGGCGGUGGUGUUAACUGCAGCUUUCUUGGUUUUAUGUGUGUGUGUGUGUGUGUGUGUUUUCAACAAGGACUGAUUCAAACCUUGGUGCUCAACGGGCAGAACUGUCCUCAGUUGGCAUGAACAUUAUCUGUCAUUCUCUGGGCUUAUUGGUAACCUGAUGAUGGACAACAAUACAAAUAUUUGUUUUUGGGUUUUUUUUUAAGGAAAAUCUUAUCAUGCAACUGUAUACUUUGAUCAUAGUCUAGUUCCUGACUAUCAGCAGGGCUUGGCCCAGGCAAACUGGGAUGAGGUUAUUUUAGUGUUGAUACUGCUUCAUAAAAGAGAAAAAAACGUUGAAAUGUUUAUGCGCCAUCUGACUCAAGCAUCAAUAAUAGAUACUGGAAGGGCAAGUUGCCACUUUCGAUGUUGCAUAAGAAUCUACCUUUCCUUCCCAUCAGCGUAUUUGCUUUCAUGGGUUUUAAGUUGUGUAUUCUAAGAGUAUCUCUUUUCUUUAAAUGCAAUACAAAAACAUGUCUGCUUUCUAAUAAAAAAAGUCCUUACUUCA